AUGCAUCGGCAGACUUGCUCAGAGGCGGGCGAUUUCCCCUCUCCGCGCUCGAGCAGAGCCCCCAGCUUUUGUAGCGACCGGCCCUCGGUCGCAGGCUCAGUGACUUUCCAGAUGCCCUCGACCGCUCGCCCUGCACCCGCUUACAUCGCUGCGUCGGUGGCUUCUCAAAUCGUCACCGACCAUCACAAUGCCCAGCUGCAAGACGACGUUGCCUCCCAGAGCGGCCUCCCGGACUUGACCCACGCCGUCUUCUCCGAACAGGCACUAAGUCUGCUCAAUGCCUUCCUUGACCACCUCCUGUUUGCCUUCUUGUCGACCGCCCGGUCGCCGUCUCUCACAGCCAUCCGCCCUGCCAUCACCGACGUGCUCAAGCCCCGCCUUGCACGCGAAGCCACGGCCACAGCCGACGACGAACUGCAAGGGCUUUUAGGCGGCGAAGAUGAAGAUGAGUUCCCCGAACAUGUCAGCGAUUCGUUGGAGAAGUGGGAUGUGGAAAAGGUAUGGAAGCGCACUCGUCUGAGGAUCAUGGUAUACACGCGUCUUGGGGAACUUGAAGAUAGCGACGAGCAGCGCUAUGUGGAGCAAGAGCGUGGUCUCAGCAUGGACAACAGUGGCGGUGACGAGGCAGGGCUCGUGUCUUGGGCGUCUGCUAUCUUCCUUACCUCGGUGAUUGAAUAUAUCGCUGAACAGACCCUUCUCGUUUCAGGGCAAGCGUCUUACGCACGAAUGUAUGCGAAGCUCAGGAAGGCUUCGCAAGCUUCCGAGGAGGGGGAGCCGCAUCAACUUGAGCGCAUUGUUGUCGAAGACUUCGACGUCGAGAAGAUUGCUCUGAAUUCCGCGCUUGGUAGGCUAUGGCGGACGUGGAGGAAGCGCGUGCGACCCCCCCUAAGGCCCCUUACACCUGCCGGAGGACCCAGGGCCGUCGCAAGCUAUUCUAGUCUCCAGAGCCGCAAGAUGAGCUAUGAUACCAUUGAUGCCGUUGCCAGGGGCCAAGACGGUGUCCCGGAGAUCCCAGAGCACAAGCCGACCGAGACCGAAAUCGCUGCAAAUAUUCCGCUGCCAAUCGGAGACAACGACGUCGAAGAAAUUGAGGUUCCGGGACUGGCCCCUGAAAUUGAAGAUGGGGAGGAGAGCAGUGGAGCACAAACGCCCGUCAUGCGGCCUCAGCGUCCUUCCAGUGUCAUCAUGCCUGCCGCUGCUCAUGAGAUUAGGAAGAAGAUGGCGAAGGGGCGACCUGUGUCGAUGCCUUCACCAGACGCGCAGCCUCUCACUGUACCCGCACAGGUGGAAAACAACGGUGUCGAGGCGUCCGAUGCCGAGGAUUUCGCAACACCAAUGGAACGGCCUUCAGAAGACGAGUCGUUCAUAGUGGACGAGCCGCAAGAGGGAAUACAUGCGGACCGUGACGACGCAGGUGGGGAGCCUGACGCUGAUAUGGUAGCGUUUGCUGCCUCGACUGGUAUGGGCUUGGGCAUGAGCCCUGUCUCCCCUACACAGUCUAGUGACUUCGAAAACGAGGACAUGGAUACGAUUGACACCCCAACCAAGACGAGUUAUCCUGAGCCACAGGUUCUUCACUUUAAGAGGAUGUCCAUUGAGAAGCCAGGAACCCCAGGGCUAGUCCGUACGUUUUCUACCCGCAGCCAGCGAAACUCUCCUUUGCCAACUCCCACUUUAGAACAGACAUCCUACUUGAAUGAUGCGCAGACUGAUGAUGAUCUGAGCGGCUCUGAGGCCAUCGGAGUCGCCCGUACUUCCAAUGUCCCGAUUGCUGCAACGCAAUCGCCGCCAGCGGAACGGCCAACCAGUGAGGAUUCAAUGGACAGUGCUCAACGGAAGCAGCCCGACAACCAGGGCUUCGUGGAGCUCGCCCCUAGAAACGUCACGACUACAGCUGCUACUCUACCGCAUCGCAAGACACCCAGUCCGGAAGACUUCUCCCGACCACUUCCCAAUCGCGCUCCCCGGCAAGAAGCUCUGCGAGAGCACAAUGUACACAGAAGGGAUGCCACACCGCCUCGGACCCGUGGAUCUCCUUUGACUGUAUUGCCUGAGACCGAGAGCUGGUCCAACCAGCCACAAGAGAGUACACACCAGAGACAGAAAACCUCGGACAGCUAUCGCGGCCCCUUGCCGAAUGGCAGCCCCAGAAGUCAGAAGUCUGCACGUGCUCGUGAAUCGCCGGUGGCAGCUAGCGAACGCCAACCAAAAAGGUCAGGACCGGAAAUCUCCCCAUCAUCUGGCACAAGCUUUGGCGAGGGAAUCUCUGCGGAGAAGUCUUCACUGAAGCGUGUCUCGUCUACUUCCACGAGCCGUUCUGCAUCCACUUCGAUUCUUAACGGCGGCCGUGAUUCGGACGUAGGCUCGAGCCGGCCGCGUGGCUUUAGUGGGCGCAUGUCUCAGGAGGAUCGGGAGAGGGAAUUCGAUUCGUUGGUGAAAAGCGAGGAUACAGUAAAGUUCACGCUCACUCCACAAAGCAUGCGUGAUAUCGACGAACCAGCUCUCUCUCGCCAGGUGGAACCAUCCAGGCCUACCGCAGCAUCCGUCACUGUCUAUCCACGUGUCAAUGCAAAUAAAGAAAAUCAGUUUGGCUCACAGCCUCUGCCAGCUCGAAGCGCGUCACGCACCAACGGUCAUGCAGGCCCCAGCACGUCCAAGCCUACCCGCAAACCUCUGGCACGAGAACCUCGCAUUGAGGCUGAGUCCAUGCGUGAUUUCGCAGACUUCAUUCGGUCUACGGGUCCGUCUCCUGGCCAGGAGCGACCUGUUCAGCCGUUCGUCCACGUGCAGAACACUGGGACUCGUUCUCCUAGCGGAUCGUCCCCUUCAAUAUUUGGGCGGAAGAUGUCGACACGGCAAGCUCCGAGCUCGUCCAAAGCAAGUUCGCUCAUGGGAGGAGACGGGCCGUCAGCCAGACCUCGCGUCCACAUGGAGCCUCGCAGCCCUGCAGGUCAGCGUACUGGAAACGAUGAUCUGAUUGAUUUCAUCAGACAAGGUCCGCCCGAUGAUGGGCAGCCCCGCAUCCCGCGCUCUGUUGCGCCAUUCAGGUCGACGGUCGACUCGGACCAGUUUGACCGCAUGCUAGACGAAAACAGCAACAUCGAGUCCGCAUAUGGAGGCUCUCAGGUGUCAACCAUGUCCAAGCAAUCCGCCAACUCCAGGACGGGCUUACUGCCUGCCGCGAACACCGUACAGCCGGCCUACUCGAACACGGCGCAGAAGCUCACUGGCAGCAUCUCCAGCCCCGAACCCCAAGUGCAGCGCACGCGCCGCCGGGUCAAGGACCCAUACGCCAUCGAUCUGACCGAUGAUGAAGAAGACGACUUGCUCACCGCCCUCCCGCGGCCCGCCCAACGCAAGGAAGAAUCUCUCAUGGACUUUCUCAAUUCCACGGACCCGCCUCCAAGCAACAACCCGCAACCACUACUCCUCGAUAAAGAGACGCUCGCAGCCGCCAAAGCCCGGGCUGCCAGCGCUGCUUCGAAUCACUCGGCAUCCGCAUCCAUCUCCUCAGCAACCGCCUCCCAAACCGGCAGCACCCGCAGAGCUCCCUCUGUGCAACAGAGCAUCAUUUCUACCUCCAUCUCGUCGGACGCACCGGGCGUUAUCCCCCCUAGACCGAGAUUACAAGCCAAGCCCGCGGGCGCGAGGGAAGCUAUCGUCGGCCGCUCGGGGACCAGCGACCUCGCGGAUUUCCUGCGCAACUCGGGACCGCCUGAACCGCGGGCGCCGCCGGUGGCGGAGCAGAGGAGGGAGCAGCCUAAGAAGAGUAAUGCGAGGUUUUGGCGGAAGAAGAAUGUUGAGGUUUGA